UGGCUGAAUUCACCAGAGGUGCCGCAGGUACUCCAUGAUAAAAAAUCCCUCUCUUCCAAUCCUUUUUUUCACUUCAUUUUUAAAUUUUUUUUUUUAUAAACUCGGCCUUUAAGAUGUGCAGCAAGGCUGGCGUGAUACCUUGUGCUUCUUUAAAUACUCUUUUUAAUAAAAUACUGCCAAAAGCCAGCUGAUGGCCGGCAGGAGAGCCCAUUUUUUCCCUAAAGGCCUAAGGUUUAACUCAAAAUGAAGAAGUUUCUAAAGAAUCGGAAAGGCAGAUAUCCUCUGCCACAGAGCUCAUCUGGGUCUCGUUCAGCGAUCAAAGAUUUCUUUCUUACGAUGCCAGCGUCGAACCAGGGCUGGCCGGAGGAGUUUGGGUUCCAAAUCAUUGGGUCUGGGCCGUGUUAUAUCCUCCAUGUGGAGGAUGGGAGCAGCGCCCACAUUGCGGGUCUCCAGCCUGGGGACCAGAUCCUGGAGAUCGAGGGGCAGAACGUCUCCUCCAUGAGUGCAGAGACUCUGACCAGCAUGGCCCAGAGAUGCAGGAACGUGCCACCCAGCAUCGGUGUGGUCUCGCGAAUCGUGCAGAUGGACAUCUCGCAUGGGGUAGACGGCCGUUUCGGGUUCACCAUUGUGGGAGACGGCCCCCUGCUGGUGGAGGACUGCCUACCAAACUCUCCAGCGGCUGAGUGCGGACUCAAGGCCGGCGACUACGUGAUGGAGGUGAAUGGGAUGCCGGUGAAGCAGCACGAGAUCGCGGCCUCCAUGAUUAAGGCCUCACACGGGAGCACUCUGCGGCUGGGUGUGCUGUGUGUGGGGAGGAGGCAGAAGAGAGAGAGUAGCAGCAUUCGAGACUACGACCAGAGCGGUGACAGAGUCCACCAGGAGCGCAAACACAAAGCCCUGGAGUUCAACAACAAGAUUGAGGAGGUGUUGGGAGACCAGCCCGAGGUGAAGGAGAAGCUGUUCACUGUGCUGAAGCAGUACGCAGCGGAGCGCAAGGUAGACUACCUGGCCUACGCCCUUCCCAUGAUCCUCACUGAAGACCUCCACCACCAGCUCAUUGAUAGCAUCAGGAUCUUCAUCCCCAAGAAGCACCGGCCGCGGUUCGAUGAGGUGGUGUCUCAAGGCCUGAUCCACCGGAUCUGCCAUGGGAAGAGCUUCAACGAGCACAGUCAUAGCCGCCUGCGGCGCAGCCGCAGCGAAGACCACCAUGAGCGACUACUGGUGUCCACCCGGGCCCACUCCGUGCCGCGCUCCGGAGAAGAAAAUGCUGGCAAGGGCUUGAGAAAGACCGCCUCCCUCAUCACAGGCAGCUCAGGGGCCUCGGGUAACCGGAGGACGGUGCGUGUAUACAAAGGCAACAAGAGUUUUGGAUUUACAUUACGGGGACAUGCUCCAGUGUGGAUUGAUUCAGUCAUUCCAGGUAGCCCAGCUGAGAAAGCUGGUCUCAAACCUAGAGACCGCAUAUUGUUUCUUAAUGGACUGGACAUGAGAAACUGUUCCCAUGAGAAGGUGGUGUCCAUGCUGCAGGGAAGUGGUGCCAUGCCAACCCUAGUGGUGGAGGAUGGACCUGCCAACUUUGUCAUGGACGCUGAGCCUGAAGAGUCCCCUGCCGACUCCCACUCCCUUGCUCUCCGAUCCCUGCAGUGGGUGGCGGAGAUCCUGCCCUCCAGCAUCAAGGUACAGGGUCGAACCUUCAGUCAGCAGCUGGAACACCUGCUCACCCACCAGGAGAGCUACACCAUCUGCAAGGCUCUGGAGGGCUUCUUUCAGCACAGGAAUGUGGACACACUGAUUGUGGACGUGUUCCCAGUGCUGGACACUCCAGCCAAACAGGUGAUCUGGCAGUUCAUCUACCAGCUACUGACCUACGAAGAGCAGGCGCACUGCCAGCAGAAGAUCGUCCGCUUCCUGGGGUACAAGUCUGCCAUAGCGACUGGGGAGACUGGAGAACAGGCCCCCGAAACGCAGAUGCGCAGCAGUUCAGUCCGCGUGUCAUCCAGCCGCAGAGAGAAGGGUAGCGUCCGAGCACGUGCCUCAGAGGAGGGGACAGGAGUUUUUUCAGGGGGCCACACUGACCCCGUGGAAGUGGGGAUGAGACUGGCCCCUGGAGAGAGGCAGUCUGGAGAUGGGACGUCACUUCCACAGACACCCAACCUCAAAAACAUGGCUGCAGUGUAUACGGAGCUGGAAAGCACCUACACAGGGAAGAAGAUGAAGUCCGCUCAGAACCAGGCCUCUCCGUUGCCAGACCAGCUGGCAAACUCAGGUAGUGGACUGCAGCUUUCCCCCAUUUCAUUAGGGAAUCGGAAGUCAGGCCUGUCUCCGUCCUGGCAGGAGCAAACAGCCUCCCCACAGUGUCGUUGCUACCCUCACAACCUCCCCUCCCCAAGCAGUGCUGAGUCAAACCCCUACGCCAGCCUGGACAGCCCACUGCCCUCCCCCCAGCCCCUGGAGUACACCACCACCAGUCCCCUGUCCCGCCGAAAGAAGCACUUCACCUUUUCAAGGCCCCCCCGCAGUCGUGACACAGACAAGUUCCUGGACGCCCUGAGCGAGCAGCUCGGACACCGGGUCACCAUUGUUGAUGACUUCCUGUUGCCCAAGGACGACUACGAGGAGCUGGGUUUCCAGGAUGAGCAUGAGCCUGGCUUCCUCACCCAUGACCUGGACAGUGCAAGCGAGUAUGUGAGCAGCAGCGAGGAGGGCUCCCUGAACUAUUCCUCCUCCUCAGACCACAUCCCCCCUCCACCCCAGAGCCCCCCACCCCUGCCACCCAUCCACUUUCAUGACUCCAAGCCUGAGACACUGAAUCGGGAUAUGAACAGGAGUCUUCCUCUACCCCCACCACCACCACCGCCACCACCACCACCACCACCGCCAAGCAAACCCAGCCUGCCCCAGACACACCACGCCAUUCAUCCUCUUCACCCUGGUCACCCCAAUCAAGCUCAUCUAACCAAUCAGAACCUUCACCCUGGUCACCCCAAUCAGGCUCAUCUAACCAAUCAGAACCUUCACCCUAGUCUCCCCAAUCCAGUUCACCACACCAAUCAGAACAUUCACCCUAGUCUCCCCAAUCCAGUUCACCACACCAAUCAGAACCUUCACCCUAGUCUCCCCAAUCCAGUUCACCACACCAAUCAGAACCUUCACACUAGUCUCCCCAAUCCAGUUCACCACACCAAUCAGAACCUUCAUACUAGUCUCCCCAAUCCAGUUCACCACACCAAUCAGAACCUUCAUACAAGUCUCCCCAAUCCAGUUCACCACACCAAUCAGAACCUUCUCCUUGGUCAUCCCAAUCCAGCUCACCUACUAACCAAUCAAACUCUUCACUCUGGUCACCCCAAUCCAGCUCACCACACCAAUCAUCCCAAUAAUCUCAAUCCUCUCAGUCACUCAAAUUUGACCCACCACUCCAGUCAGAUCAAUCCCACCCACUAUUCCAGUCAGACCACUCAUGCCAACCACUCCAAUCCAACCCACCGCCCCAUCCAGACCAGUCACCCCAGUCAAUCCCAUCUCUCUAACCAAUCCAAUCUCCACGGGGUCCCUCGAGCCCCUUUUCACCGUCGCAGCGAGUCCAGCCACAUGAGUGUCAAGCGUCUGCGGUGGGAGCAGGUGGAGAAGUCAGAAGGGACCAUCUGGGGUCAGCUUGGAGAAGACUCUGACUAUGACAAACUAAGUGACAUGGUAAAAUAUCUGGACCUGGAGUUGCACUUUGGAACACAAAAGACUGCAAUUUCUCUUCCAGAGCCAACCUUCUUACCCGAGUUUAAAAAGAAAGACGUGGUCGAAAUUCUCUCUCGUAAAAAGGCAUAUAACACAUCUAUCCUGAUUGCACACCUAAAGCUGUCCCCAGCUGAGCUGCGUCAGAUACUGAUGACGAUGGCCAAUGACCGCCUGGAGCCAUCACACAUCAAGCAGCUGCUGCUGUACGCCCCUGAUGAAGAGGAGGUCAAGCAGUACCAGCAGUACACACAGGACACCAGCAAGCUCAGUGAGCCAGACCAGUUUGUUAUGCAGAUGCUGUCAGUGUCAGAGUAUAAAACGCGGCUGCGAAGUCUUCACUGCAAGACAACUCUGCAGGAGAAGACUGAGGAGAUGAAGGCUGGGUAUGAGUGCAUCUACAACGCCUCACUGGAGCUGAAGAACAGCAAGAAACUCGCCAAGAUACUGGAGUUUGUGUUGGCCAUGGGAAACUAUCUCAACAAUGGACAGCCAAAAACCAAUAAAACCACAGGAUUUAAAAUCAAUUUUCUUACAGAGCUGAGUACUACAAAAACAGUAGAUGGGAAAUCCACUUUCCUGCACAUUCUUACCAAAUCACUGGGCCAACAUUUUCCUGAACUUCUGGAUUUUGCCAAGGACCUAACCACAGUGCCCCUUGCUGCCAAAGUUAACCAUAGAACAAUCACAGCUGACCUUAUUGACCUGCACACCACCAUACAAGACAUCCGGAUUGCCUGCCAGAAAAUACCUGCGACCGCCGACGACAGGUUUGCCACUGUUAUGAGCGGGUUUCUAGAGAACACCCACCCUGCUGUCCAGUCCCUGGACUCACUGCAGCAGCGAGCGAUAGAAGAGUUCAGCAAAGUGGCCUCCUUCUUUGGGGAAGACAGCAAAGCUACCACAACAGAGGCCUUCUUUGGCAUUUUUGCUGAGUUCAUCAGCAAGUUUGAGAGGGCUUUCAGGGAGAUGACAGCCACAGAGAAUCAGCGCAGUACAAGAAUGAGCUCCCCGCUGGCCUGGUGAUGUCUUUGAAACCCCAACACAUUACACCAAAAGAAGUGUGUUGUUCUGUGAAAAACAUAAAAGAAGGAUCUCUGCUCCUUCGCUGAAAAGCAAAAAAAUUAAAGACUGAUUGCAAAUUGUGUAAAGAACAGGAGUAAGGUAGAAGCUCACAGGUGAAAGCAUUGAAUUGCAUUCUAUCAAGAACAAGUAAUUUAAUCAACACAGCGAAUGUAAAUAAAUUGAUGAGAGACGGUACGUGAAGUGUUUACAGUAUGGUGGGAAUCUGUGGUGACAAUACACCUAGGAUAGACCUCAGACUAAGACAAACAGUAUUGUUCAAUUUAAAUUAAAGGUGGAAUAAAGAAGACAUUGCAAGAUGACGCAGGACAAAAUAAACAGUAAAAAAGCUAAUCAACAAUUAAAUAAUAUGUCACACAAAAUGAAAACAGUGGUAAUAAAGAAGCACUUUAAUUUAGGGUUAGUUUAAUAAGGCAGCUCAUUUGCAGUUUUCUUGGUAAAUAUGUUUAAUUUAGCUAGGGGUUACCUAUGCAAGACCCUAAUGACAUGUAGUACACCUCGUCUGUCAACUAUAAGUGUUCUGUGACCACAUCUUACAGGCUAACUUCAGCAUUAAACGUGAGACAAAUUAAACCUUGAAUCAGGCUUCGUAACCAUUUGAGGCGACACCCUGUUUAAACGUUUGUCGAGUACUUGCUGGUCGCUGCCAGUAAUUGAAAUACUUCAGAUUUAUUGUAAAUCUAAUUUAAAAAAAAAAAAACUUGCAGAGGGUAGAUGUUUUUUGUUUGUUUUUUUUGUUUUUUUUAAUUAUUAUUAUUAUUGCUUGAUAUCCACAUUGUGUAAAUCUCUCCUUUUUAUCUGCUCAAAUCGGAGAUGCCCUGAAAGGGGUGAUAUUGCAGCUUUACAAACCAGUCUAGUGUUAAAACUCCAUGGAUAAGCUAGUUGUUUAAAAUGUGAUUUACUGUAUAAGGUUAAAUUGGUCCACUUGUAUAGCCGUCUUCAACGCAACUGUACUCGCUCAAUAAUUAUUUUUUUUAGUACAGAACAGUAUGCUUUUUUUAAUUAAUUCUUUGAAUUCUUAGGCUACUGAAAGCAGACAUAUACAGUACAGUCCAUUAAGCACUUUCCUAAUUGCUGUUAUGCCCAAAUAUAUAUUAAAAUCUGUUUGAGCGAAGAUACUUUAGUUUAUCUUGAAUCAAUAUAAUGAGUCAAUCUGUAUCAUUUAUAUAAAUAAAUAACAACUUGUUCCAAUUAUCAUUUGUUAGAAAGCUGUACAAAACAAAACAAAAAAAACGAACCCACUAUAUAUGUAUUGCUGUUAACUGUUUCCUUUGAUUUCUACAUAACAUUCUUAAGUGGAUAACUAGAUGACAAUGUAAAGGCACUCUGUGAAGAGAUGAUGCUGUUUUUAGUAUUUUAUAUUUACUUCUGUGGUUUACAUACCAGAAAUAUUUAGAUAAAUACUUUGAUUCUCCAAAUCGGUAUUUCUGACUUCUCUAACCCUCUAGAAGUUUGAAUUAGCUUACAUUUUUAGUAAGGAGGUUGCAAUGCUAGAAGGGGAAAUCAAAGGGGAGUACAUUUCUUUUAUCUUUUUAAAAUUCAUUUUUGUAAUUGCUAUCUGCAGGGUAGCAAUGCAAUUAUUUUAAUAAGCUACUAAAUAUAUGAUGUUUUAAAAAUAUGUGUAUUUACAACAUUUACAUCCAGUUACAGAUACAGAAAUACAUAAAAAAGAAAGUUGGAGUUCAUGUUUGGGAACACUAUCUCAAGAACUUUAAGGUUCUCCUUGCGUACAGUUUGCCUCCUCUGAGUUAGGUAACAUUUACACUGUAGGUUCUAAGUUGAGAACUUUCUUUGUUUUUGUAUUUGUCCUUUCAAAUACACAAGUCGAUUGAAGA